UCUUCCUCCUCCUCCCCCUCCCUCUUGUUCUUCUCCUCCAUCACUCCCUCUCUCUAUUGUUUUCCUUUGCGAUAUAAAACAAGCUCUUUCUCUCCAAAUUUUAGAGAGAAGGAAAAUGCAAGGGUUGUGAAGCCUGGUCGCCAUUGAAGACAGUUGAAGCUUUGAGAAAUUUGAAGCAAAUUCUGCAGUUUUUUUUGCUCUUUUUAGCUUUGAUUUCGGACGUCGGGAGGGGAAGAUUCGGAAUUGAGAGUUCAAGUCUGGACAGAUGAAAGGAGUGAUGCUCUAAUCAAGGAAGAUCGCGAUACUUCUUCACGUUAUCAUUGAAUAAGCCAUAGUCUUGAUCCAUGGGAAACGAUGAUGAUGCAAAGUCUGCUAAAUCCGAAAAAUCAUCCUCGCCUCUGCCGGGAGAUCAGACAAAUCAUACAAACCAGACCAAUAUGCAAGUCUGUCCUGAUUGGGGAGCCAUGCAGGCUUAUUAUGGUCCCAGAGUUGCUCUCCCUCCAUAUUACAACUCAGCUAUGGCUUCUGGGCACCCUCCUCAUCCCUAUAUGUGGGGACCACCACAGCAUAUGUUGCCACCCUAUGGUGCACCUUACGCAGUAUACUCGCAUGGAAGUGGUUAUGCACAUCCGGCAGUUCCCCUUGCAUCCCAUGGUCAAGGUGUUCCAUCCUCACCUGCUGCCGCCACUCCUUUGAAUAUGGAAACACCUACAAAGUCAUCUGGUAAUACUGAACGAGGGUUAAUGAAAAAGCUGAAAGAAUUUGAUGGGCUUGCAAUGUCAAUAGGCAGUGGUAAUGUUACGAAUGCUGAAGGUGGAGCUGAACAGAGUCUCUCCCAGAGUUCUAGAACUGAAGGUUCUAGCGAUGGAAGUGAUGGGAAUACUGCUGCGGCAAAUCAAACCGGAAGAAAAAGAAGUCGUGAGGGAACACCAGCCACUGCAGCUGGAAAUAGGAAGACUGACAUGCGGCCUGGUCCAGUUUCUGCUAAGGAGGCAAAUGCAGCUACUGAUAAAGUGUUGGGUGUAACUAUUGCUGCUGCUAAUAUCCCGGGAAAAGUGGUAGGACCAGCUGUUUUUCCUGGUGUGACCACGGUGUUGGAACUCAAUAACCCACCUAUCUUGAACUCAAAGACGAGUCCUACCUGUGUUCCACAAUCCUGUGCAGUUUUGCCUACUGAAACCUGGAUAGAUAAUGAUCGGGAGAUUAAACGGGAAAGGAGGAAACAAUCAAAUCGGGAAUCUGCUAGAAGAUCCAGGUUGAGGAAGCAGGCUGAGACUGAAGAACUUGCACAACAGGUUGACGCCUUAUCUGCAAAGAAUGUGGCACUUAAAUCUGAAAUAAACCGAUUAACAGAGAAUUCUGCUACACUCAAGCUAGAAAAGACUACAUUAUUGGAUAAACUGAAAAAUGCACGCGCAGGAAGAAUGGAAGAUAUCAUCAUGAACAUCGACGAUAAGAGGGUCCAGCCUUUCAGCACCGAGAACCUACUGUCAAGAGUUAAUAACGCAGGUUCCGUUGCUAGGGAUGCUGAGAAAGACGGUGACAAUGACAUGUAUGAGAAAAACAAGGGGGCAAAGCUGCACCAACUCCUGGACACGAGUCCAAGGGCAGAUGCAGUCGCCGCUGGCUGAUCAAUAGACCGGUAAUUUGUGCAGUUUAUUUAGUUAUGUAGUUUUGGCAUAUUACAAGCCCAAAAUUACUGCUAAAAAUUAGCCGGAGAACGCAACAGCUAAGCCGCUUGGAAUUGCGGUGAAAGCUGAGGCUCUAAUUUUUACGGUGUGGUUAGUUAUCUCAUGGAAGAAGUAAUGGCUUAUUUUUUUCUGAUUUAAUCUUGAGUUAAAAGACUAGAAUUCAGAUGUGCUGGAAUGGCCACUGAAGGGUGAUGUACAUUGAAGAGUGGAGAGAUUUAGAACAGAACAACCAGCCUUAAUUAUAUGCGUGUGUGUGUGUGUGAUGUAAACUUAACAGUUAAAUGUGAUGACUCUGCAAUGUCAAUGUAUGCUUUUACUCGACA